AUGACUGUUGCAGACCUCUACAUCGUUCACCAACGAGGCACGUACUACAAUGGUAUCUACAUGUUUGUGGUAGAGGUGGGCAACUUUCUCGUUCUGGUGCCUUCAGGAUAUAUCACCCUCAAUCUCAGCUGGAGAAUGGUGUACAUCAUUGUUGUUAUUAUUGCUGGAGUUCAGUUCGUUAUGACACUUCUGUUCUUUGAAAAGACCAAUUAUCGGGUAUCUGGUUACAGUAGUUGCCGAACUGUCCGAGCUGGGAGAGGUUCAAUUGUCAGAAGAAUACAACAAACCGAGUCGAUCUCAUGGAAUCGAAGAUGCUGUCCUUUCUAA